UUUCACCAUAAUACAAAAUCUAGUACCGGCACCGGGGAGUAAAAGUGCCCUCUGUCUUAUUAGUACUAAUAAUUCCGAAUAGCAUUUCUUUAGGAAACUAUGGACAAGGCUGUAUUUUUGUUCUUCGUGUUGUAUUUAACGUGCCAAGUUCAAACAGAGGAUGGACUCUGCAGCUCUAGGAAUUUCCAGUGUGGCAAUGGGAAGUGUAUUACGAUAAGAUGGAUAUGUGAUGGUACAGAUGAUUGCGGUGAUGGCACUGAUGAGCUCCCUGCCUCCUGCAUAACAAAGACAUGCAAACCCAGCGAGUUCCAAUGUGGUGGACGGCUAAACCAGUGUGUGCCUAAUGGCUGGAAAUGUGACGGGAAGGCUGAUUGUGAGAAUGGAGCUGAUGAAGCCGGCUGCGCUCCCAGACAGUGUCUGAAUGGUGAAUUCCGCUGCACAAAUGGUCAGUGUGUGUCAAGGGCUUUCGUCUGUGAUGAAGAUGUUGACUGUGACGAUGGCACCGAUGAAGCACAAUGUCAGACCACUACCUGCAGCUCUACUGCUUUCCGCUGCAACAACUCAGCCUGCCUGCCCCGCCUGUGGGCCUGUGAUGGAGAUUCCGAUUGUUCGGAUGGUUCAGACGAGUGGCCUCAGUACUGCGGCCAACGAAUUUCUCCAUCUCACAGCAGGCCCUGCUCCAGUAUGGAGUUCCACUGUGGCACUGGAGAGUGUAUUCCAAAUCCCUGGAGAUGUGAUGGAGAUCCCGACUGCCCGGAUCAAUUGGAUGAGAAAGACUGCGCCGUAUCCACAUGCCAGCCAGAUGAGUUUCGCUGUGGUGAUGGAUCAUGUAUCCACGGGAGCCGCCAAUGUAACCAGGUGUACGACUGUAAGGAUAUUAGUGAUGAACUCGGCUGUGUCAAUGCAACCCAUUGUGAAGCACCAUCCAGGUUUCAGUGUCGUACCGGUGAAUGCAUCAGCAUGGACAAAGUUUGCGACAAGCAGCGUGAUUGUAGGGAUUGGUCUGAUGAACCACUACGUGAGUGUGAUUCUAACGAGUGUCUGUACAACAACGGUGGCUGCUCUCAUAUCUGUAAUGACCUAAAGAUUGGCUACGAGUGCUUGUGCCCCAGCGGAUUCCUCUUGGUAGACAAGAAACGCUGUGAGGAUAUUGAUGAGUGUGCCACGGGGGACACCUGCAGUCAAAUCUGUGUGAAUCAGUUGGGCAGCUACAAGUGUGAGUGCGCUGAAGGUUACCAAGUGGAUCCAGCAACCAAAGCCUGCAAAGCUGUUGGAACUAUAGCCUAUCUCUUCUUCACUAAUCGCCAUGAGGUGAGGAAGAUGACUCUGGAUAAGAGCGAGUAUGUACAAGUCAUCUCCCGUCAGAAAAACAUAGUUGCGUUGGACAUGAACAUUGCCACCAAGGAGCUCUUCUGGUCUGAUCUGUCCCUCAAGAAAAUUUAUAGAGCUCCAAUGGACGCAGCAUUAGACAAAUCUCAGCAUAGCAUUGUGAUUGACUCUGACUUGGGUGCACCUGAGGGGAUUGCACUGGACUGGAUCCAUGGUAAUAUCUACUGGACAGACAGUGUACGUGGCGCUAUCUCUGUAGCCACAGUAGAUGGAAAGAAGCGCAAGACGCUCUUUGGAAAAGACCUGACCAAGCCAAGAGCUAUUGUGGUGGACCCAAUUAAGAAUUUUCUGUACUGGACCGACUGGGGUUCGCCUGCUAAGAUUGAAAGGGGAGGCCUGAAUGGAGUUGAUCGCAGCACUUUGGUGUCUGAUAACGUUGUCUGGCCCAAUGGGAUAACUCUUGAUCUUCUGAACCAGCGUCUGUAUUGGGUGGACUCUAAACUGCAUACUCUCGCCAGUAUUGAUGUGCAUGGAGGUGGCCGUCGUACACUCAUUAUAGACCAGGGCAGACUGGCACAUCCGCUAAGUGUCACAGUGUUUGAGGAGCGAGUAUUCUGGACUGAUGUUAGCAAAAAUGCUAUCCUGAGUGCUAACCGUGUGACAGGGGGAGACAUCACAAAAGUGGCUGAACACCUCACAUCUCCAGAGGACAUUGUGCUGUUUCACAACCUGAAGCAGCCCAGUGCUGUAAAUUGGUGCAAGAUCAACAAUGGUGGAUGUGAGUUCCUGUGCUUGGCUGCACCACAGGUCAGCAAAUUCUCACCCAAGUAUACAUGUGUUUGCCCUGACAACAUGAUGCUGGACAAAGAUAUGAGGAAAUGUGUCCCUGCUGUUCCAACAACAGCACAACCAAUCCAGCCCAGAGUUCCUACCACAGAUGGCCCUCAUAUAACCCCACAUAUGACACCAAAACCAUCUGCUGCAAGAACCACCAAAACCUCGGCUCGAAUCUUCACCACAACGGUGAAGUCACUACAGAAACCCACAGAAGCAACCAGAGCCAAAACCUCCACAGUCAACACUCACUAUGAAGUGACCACACAAACAAACAUUCACAUUGCUGUUGCUGAAGAAAGAAAAGAAUCUUCAACAUCGCUGGCUCUGUACAUUGCAUUGCCCUUCGUGAUGUUGUGCCUCCUGGUAUUUGGUGGCAUGUUGCUGUGGAGGAACUGGAAGCUGAAGAACACCAACACCAUCCAUUUUGAAAAUCCAGUCUACCAGAAGACCACAGAGGAUAAAGUUCACAUUUGCAAGAACUACAGCUCUGAUGGUUACUCCUACCCACCGAGGCAAGUUGUCAGCCUUGAUGAUGAAUUAUAAACUUUAACAUCUAUGUUAAGCCUGACUACAGAAUCUAAUGGUGCUGCAGUUACAUGCUGUAACAGGCUUGAUGAAUGGACAUUUAGAGAAUGUUGUUGUGUCAAAGGACACCGGAUCACAUUUUUAGAGGCAGUUCCUGGGGCAGGCUCGUCCAGGCUCAUCCACUGCAUGCUUCUAGGUGAUGUACAAUAACAAAGCAACCUCAAAAAUGAAUGACCUUGUGUAAUUGUAACUUUUCAAAGAGAAAGAGAGAGCGUGAGUGUGUAUGUGGUAUGUGUGUAUAUAAUACAAGACUGCAAAAUUGUUAAAUAGAUUCUUAUUGAUGUUUGAAGUGUAAAUAUUGUGUAUGUGGAUUUUUAUAUUUUUGAAUGAACUGUAAAUACUUUUUCACACAUCACUAUAUGCUAUACAGUAUGUGGCCAUAUGGGACAUGUAUAGUCACACUUUGCUGUUAUAAUAUGCUCCACUCUUCUGAGAAGUCUUUCCACUAGAUUUUAGAGCAUGGCUAUGGGAAUUUGUGCUUCUUCAGCCACAAGAGCUUUAGGGAUACUGAUGUCGAGUGAGAAGGCCUGGGGAAGAGUCAGUGGUCCAGUUCAUCCCAAAAGGUGUUUAGUGGAGUUGAGGUCUAAUUUCUGUGCAGGAUAGUUGAGUUCUUCUACUCCAACCUUGGCAGACCAUGAUCACUUUGUGCACAUUGUCAUGUAGUAACAGAUUUAGGUCUUUUAGUUCCAGUGACAUGAUAUUGUAUAUACUACUGCAUAUAAAGACACCCUAUACAAUUGAGAGCAACAGUUUGGGGAAACAUAUGAGUAUGAUGGUUAGGUGUCCACAGGCUUUUGUCCAUAUAGUGUCAGUACCAAAUACUUGUAUCAUACACAUAUAUUUAUGUCUUAUUCUUAAUAAGCUAUAGUAAACGAAGAAACAUCCUGUCCUGCACCAUGUAAAAAACAUUAGUUCAGUGUUCUUGUAAUUUCAGAUGAAUUGUACAACAGCAGUUGUUUGAUAAAUCGAUGGAUAUGAAAACUUUUUUUUUGUAAAUAGAAACACUAUUGCAGAUUAUUCUUUAUCUUAGCAAGUUGAAAUAUUUUCACUCUAGUCAAAUGUAUCUAGUUUCAAUUACUUAUUAUAAAGUUACAAUAGACCAAAUCUAAGAUUAAAUCUAAUUCUAGAUAUAUAUUACUGUUUUAAAGCUUUACAUUUUCUCAUUGUAUUGGCAAAUAAAUUUGCUUCUUUUUAGAAAUUAGUGCAUAAAAAUAUCAAGAUGAUCUGCCAAUAGAACAAGAACAUUUAAAGCUUAAAAAUAUUCAAAUGUGUUUAAUAAUCUUUAUUAGGUUUCAUAAAUUUAGAUUUGCUUUAUUGUAAUACUAUAAUAAAUAAUAGAUCAGUUUGACCAGAUUUGUGAUAUUUGAACUUGGUGCCAUUUUUUGCAGUGCUUUGUUUCGUUGUUUUGUUUAGUAAUCCCUGUGAUUAAGAUGUCAGACCAGUGCAUGUAUGUUAUUCAUCCAUGAGCAUGUGUAAAUAUUUUACUUGUAUAUGUAAAUACAGUACAAUUUUUUUCAACCUGGUUUAGAAAUGUUUAAAUCCUCAGAUGUACAAAAACUUCUAAAUUUUUAUUUAUUGUUGAAUUCAAAUGCCUUAAUUGAUCCCUCUUUCUAAUCUAAAGAGUCUGUUGUACCAUUAUGUUUGAUGCUACAGUAUAUCAGCUGAUGUAGUUGUACACAGAAUGAAAAGGGUAGGAAUUGUAUUUUUAUGAAGAUGUUCUGAUAAGGUCUUUGGAUAAAUAAAUAAAUAAAUAAAAACAUAUACAAUA